CAGCAGGAGCCGGUACCUGCAAUUUGGCCGGUUUACAAUGCACCGGCUGGAAGCCCCGGGAGAGGGCGGCCGACCGAAUUUGGAGGGAUAACGCCGGCUCCUGCAAAUCCCGCUCGGGAGCAUGCUGUGCACGUUUCACCGUGCGUACGGCGCGGUGCAGGGCUCCAGCUUGUCAUGGAGGGGGUACGGCGCGCUGAGACGAUGUCCCAGCGCCUGGGGGCUGCCAUCUCUCCCACAAUGCGCCCCCCUGACCCUCUCCUUCUGCUCCAGGGGAGGCGGGAAAGGCAAGAGCCGGGGUCCUGAGGAGGCCGAGGCCGCUUUCUCGUCGGUGACGGUGACAGAGAUCCGGCAGUUCCUGCGUGCCAAGGGCGUCCCCUUCCACGACGGCUACAGCUGCCUACAGGCCCCCAGCCCAUUCACCACCACCACUACCACAGACCCCGGGGGACACAGGGAGACCUGUUCGCUGUUCAUCGACAAGACGACCGGGGGCUUUGUGUGCACGGAGAGCUCGCUGGAGGGCAGCUGGCGGGAUCUGCAGGACUGUCUGGAGGUGAUGCAGAGGGAAGGCCGGCAGAGCCUGGGCCCCGAUGUCAGGCUGGAGGCACCCGACAGCGACCGGGAGCUGGCCGAGAGGCAGGAGGAGCUGGGCGAGGCCCAGAGAGUCUGGGACAGGGCGACGGCCUUCCCGGAGCUGCCCGCGGACACCGCCAGGUCGGUCAAGGCCGCUUUCGGGAUGGAGAAGGUCACCGAGGCCACCCUGGGGAAGCUGAGCGUCAGGUACUGCCAGGCCUCUGGGAGCCUGGUGUUCCCGUGGUUCGGAGGAAGGGACUCAGGGCUCCGAGGUCUGAAGCUGCUGUCUGUGCAGCAAGAGGGUGACAGGCUAGAGUACACAGCGACCACGCUACCCCGGGCAGGCCGUUACCACAACCUCUUUGGCCUGCACAUGCUGAGCAGGAAGGACACGGCGUUGGUCCUCACCGCCAGGGAGGCCGACUGCCUGGCAGUGAGCUGUUCCACCGGCCUACCCUGUGUCUCCCUGCCCCGGGGGGUCAGCUGCCUGCCCCCUCCCCUCCUGCCCUACCUCGAGCAGUUCAAGAGGAUCACCCUGUGGCUGGGCAGUGACCUCCGGGCCUGGGAGGCCUCCAAGAUCUUCGCCCGGAAGCUGAACAUCAAGCGGUGUUACCUGGUGCGGCCUGGCGAGCAGCAGCCCUGCCCACUGGAGGCUCUGGCAGCCGGCCUCAACCUGGGCAAGAUCGUCAGGAACGCUGUGGCCGCCGGUCACAAAUCCAUCAUCUCCUUCCGGCAGCUGAGGGACGAGGUCUUCGGAGAGCUGGCCAACGCCGAGCAGGUCUCCGGGAUCCAGUGGCAACGCUUUCCGGACCUGAACAAACUCCUCAAGGGCCACCGUAAAGGCGAGCUGACUGUGUUCACAGGUCCUACAGGCAGUGGAAAGACCACCUUCAUUAGUGAGUAUGCUCUAGACCUCUGUAUCCAAGGCGUGAACACCCUGUGGGGAAGCUUUGAGAUUAACAACGUGCGGCUGGCCAAGAUCAUGCUGACUCAGUUUGCGAUGCAGCGCCUGGAUGAUCAGCUGGAGAAGUACGACGAGUGGGCGGACAAGUUUGAGAGCCUGCCGCUGUUCUUCAUGACCUUUCACGGCCAACACAGCAUCAAGUCGGUUAUUGAUACAAUGCAACAUGCGGUAUACAUGUAUGACAUUAGCCACAUUAUUAUAGACAACCUGCAGUUCAUGAUGGGACAGGAGCACCUCACUGUUGACAAGUUUUCCGCGCAGGAUUACAUUGUCGGGACGUUUCGGAAGUUUGCUACAGACAAUAGUUGUCAUGUGACUCUGGUCAUCCAUCCCAGAAAGGAGGACGAUGAUAAGGAACUGCAGACUGCUUCAAUCUUUGGGACAGCCAAGGCGAGUCAGGAAGCAGACAAUGUGCUGAUCCUCCAGGAUAAGAAGCUAACCUCUGGCCCGGGCAGGCGCUACCUCCAGCUGGUGAAGAAUCGCUUCGACGGAGAGCUGGGCGUGUUCCCGCUGGAAUUCAAGAAGGCUUCGCUCACCUUCUCGGCCAUCAAGGGCAAGGUCAGGCUCCGAAAGGUGAAGGAGGAAGGCCAGAACGGCCCAGAGCAGCCUGGGAAAUCUGCCGACGCCAAAGGCAAAAAGUGACGGAGUAGGCCACCUGUCCGUCCGGCUCGAGAAAGAGAAAUGACAGAAGGGGAGGAACGUGGCUGCUGUUGGCCUCCUGCUCUCCAACUGCCCCAAGCCUAAGGGUUCCUAUCACUUUAACAUUUUGGGCAGUGAUUUGGCAGAAUGGUGAAACCCGCCCCCCCCCAGCAGGGAGACCUCAGCCUGUGGAAAAGGCCUGGCUGCUCCUCAGUGGGAACAUGGACCUUCCUCAACCCAUUUCUUCUCAAGGUCAGGUCCCCUCCCCCCACUCCAGUGCCCAUCGAACAGCCAGCACUCUUAUCCUGCAGCACAAAGAUGCUGACAGAACUUUUAAACACUCAGUGACUGUUUUGUUUCCUGGCACCGUUGUCGUUUGAUCUCUAUCCCAAUCUCUGACCUGUCCUUAACCCUGCUUUGGGCAUCUUCCUGCAUCUUAAACUGCAUCUUCGUUCCUCCCCCUCAUCAGCAACAUAAAUCCACACUGUCCCUUCCCCUCCCAACCCCAGUCCUGACAAAGGGUGACUGGACACAAAAUGUUAACAGUUUCCACUUUCCACUGAGGCGGAGUUUUCCUGCAUUUGCUUCAAAGCACUUGGAGGUAAUUAAAAAGAGACAGCUAUUAUUUACCUGUCUUUAACUGAAACCCAUCGUGUGUCCCCUGCAGAGAUAGCCAAAAAGAAAACCACCUGUCAAUUUUCACCGCUGCAGGGCUGAAUGCACAGAAGGAAAGGACUUGCAUUUAUAUAUCGCCUUUCACAGGAGUGCUGUGCAGUCAGUGAUGUACUGCCCCAGUCCAGUCGCUGAUUCACCCUCAGCACCAGUGAGGGAGACGUACUGAAUCCAGGGUACACUGAGUUGGUGUGUACUUGACUCACUGCCUGACAAGAGAACUGACAAUGAGAAUGCUUGACGUUUACUGUCUUUUAUUUGAGUUUUUAUUUGUAAUGCACUGUGACCAUAUUUGGGAACCUAACUCCCCGAGGCUGACACACUGACUCUAGCUCCUCGCUGGGGGACGGUCAAUCCUCAUCAGCUCCAGCUCCUGCUGUGAAGACACUACCUGGAAACGGCCAGGAGCAGGAAGAGGGCUGCAACGCUGGAAAUCAGAAAUGGUGGAAAUGCUUGUUAGGGGCAGACAGCGCUGUGAAGAGAGAAAACCUGAACUCAUGUUUCAGCUCAGUGACUUCCAUCAGAAUGGGCUCAUGUGGACAGUUUUCGGUGUAAAAUAUUUAAUGCUGUUUCUCUCUUCACAGACUUAGCUGGUGUUUUCCAGUAUUUUGGAUUUUUGUAUAAACACUGCGGCCCUAACUAACUGUGUGUGUGUGUCUGUCUGUCUGUGUGUGUGUCUGGAUAUGAGUGUGCAUCUGUCUCUCUGUGUCAAGAUGUGUGUGUCUGUCUCUGACGUCUGGAUGUGUGUGUUCCUAUGAGUUUGCCUGUCAGUAUAUGCACAUCCAUGUGUGUGCCUGUCUGUCAGUGUGUAUCCAGGUGUGUGUAUGUGCACACUACGUUAUCAUGUGGGUUUCUAACUCAACCAACUACCUCCUUGUUUACCAAAGCACAUAGGAGAAAGUGAGGACUGCAGAUGCUGGAGAUCAGAGCUGAAAAUGUGUUGCUGAAGAAGGGCUUAUGCCC